AUAUAAAGGGUUCUCAAACUACAAGCUAGGUUGUGUCUUUAUUGUCAUCUCUCCGAAAACAAGUUUUCUUGUUGACAUUGAUUUUAGCAAGAGCUAGGUAGAGGAGCAUUUCGACCAUUUCCAUUACUAAAAGAGAGCAAAUAUGGAUUCUUUUCUUGGAAGAAGAGCUAAUAUGGAUUCUGAGAUGAUACAGGAGAGACCUUAUAUAGCAGCCAUGAAUGGAGAUUGGGAAAACAUGGUUGAUUACUAUAAGGAAAAUUUACAGUAUUUGUUCUCUCCAGUUACUCUCUCUUUAGAUACUGGAUUACAUCUAGCUGUUCACAGCAACGAUGAGCAACCACUUAAAGAAUUACUUGCAAUCAUGGAGGGAAGAGAAUUCUUUUUAACCGAGUCACUAAACAAAUUUGGAAAUACGGUUCUUCACGAGGCAACCAUCUAUGGGAAUUCUGAGGCUGUAAGACUAUUGGUUGAUCGUUAUCCAUACCUAAUUUCCAUUACUAAUAAGUACGGUGAAACCCCAUUGUUUACAGCUGCUGCAUUUGGUGAGGCAGAAAUAGUGGAGUUUUUAAUAGCGACCAAACCAGAAGAAUGCGUGGAUUCUGAUGGCCGCAUAUUAUCAAUUCACCGCCAGAGAUCGAAGGAUGGCCAGUCCAUCCUCCACCAGCGAUCGAAGGAUGGCCUGUCCAUCCUCGGCGCUGCUAUCAUAGGGCAACACUUUGAAACAGCUUUACUGUUGCUAGAACUGGAUGAAUCGCUCCACGGCUUGGAGGACAAAAUGGGCAGAACGGCUCUGCAACUUCUAGCCGAAAUGCCAACUGGUUUUGAGAGUGGAUAUCCCAUGGGCAUAUUUGAAAGACUCAUCUACUGUUGCCUUCCUGUUAUACGUCAUCACGAGGUAAAAUCACAGGUACAACCUUGGUGCAGGGCAAUGAAAGAUCUUGAGAGCGGUACUCUGGGCAGCAACCUAGUCAACUAUUUAAAGGUCCCCAAAGAGUCAAAAAUGAUAAGUAAUCUAUUACGUUGCAGAUUUUUGCCUCAAGUCGGAUUUUGGCCAGUUAGGCUAGAAAGAUUCUGGAACCAGAAAAUAAAUCAUGUAUUUGCUUUGAGACUCGCGAAAAUACUAAUAAAGGAAGAUAAGUCAUGGAAGAGCGUCAGCAAAACAGAGGAAGGACAAGAAGAAAAACAAACUGAUCCACCCUCAUCACUAGUUAAGCAAGGAGACCAAAAAAAAGGAAAAGAAGAAGAGCAGGGAAUGGGCGGGGGAAAAAAUAAAAAGGGAGAGAACGAGUUCUCUUAUUUGCGGCAAACUUCUGAAAUCACUAGCAAAGCAAAAGAAAUAGAAGAAGUCCAGCAUCCAGCAGCACAACCUUCUGUAACGAACUCAUCAUUAACUAGCAAUGAGCAGAUCUCAUUGUUUCUUGCAACUGGAAAUGGAAUAGAAGAGAUUGUGCGGGGGAUAAUAAAACAAUAUCCCCAUGCUAUUAAGCAGCUCAAUGUCACGAACUCACCAUUAACUAGGGAGGAGCAGAUCCCAUUGUUGAUUGCAACUAGAAAUGGAAUAGAAGAGAUUGUGUGGGAGAUAAUAAAACUAUAUCCCCAUGCUGUUGAGAAGCUCAAUGACAAGGGUCAGAGCAUUUUGGAUGUGGCCGUCAUACAUCGCCAGAAAAGGAUCUUCAAUCUUGUGAAGCAACAGAGAAUACCAUUGGCUAGACUGCAACGAGUUAUUGAUAAGAAGGGCAACACAUUGUUGCACCAUGUUGCAGAUAUGGAGCAUUACAGAGGAGGAACCAAGCCUGGGCCUGCACUUAAACUUCAGGAGGAGUUGCAAUGGUUUGAGCAAGUGCGCGAGGUAAUUCCUUCUCAUUAUGUCACGCUUCGGAACGAUGAAGGCAAGACUGCAGAAGAGCUCUUCAAAGAGAGUCACCAGGACCAACUGAAAAAUGCACAAAAAUGGAUCAAGGAAACGACUCAGUCUUGUUCCACAGUAGCUGCACUUGUUGCUACUGUUGUCUUUGCUGCUGCCUAUACUGUGCCCGGAGGUUCUGAUAAGAAUGGCACGCCCAACUUCAUCAACUCUCCCUAUUUUCUGGUUUUCACUGUCUCGGAUGUUCUUUCCUUAGCAAGCUCCUUGACUUCGCUUGUGGUAUUUCUGUCUUUGUUGACCUCUCCAUUUGAACUACAAGAAUUUCACAUCUCUCUUCCUCGAAAACUUCUUGUUGGAUUCACCUUCCUCUUCUUUGCUGUGAUAACGACCAUGCUAUCUUUUGGGGCCACAAUCUUGAUACUCAUUCAGUCAGAGAAAAAGUUGACAACAUUACUCCUUUCCAUUGCUGCAUUCCUUCCAGUCUUAGUAUUUGCAAUAAUGCAAUUCCGUCUGUACGUCUCAUUUAUGGGCUCUACAUACAACAUUCUCAAGAUAACCGGGAAAGCUCUGCCACCGUUUCUUGUCCCUUGCUUACCACGGGAUAAAAAGCUCUGUCGAGUUGAUUAAUAUGGGAGAGUUAACUGGCAUAGAGGUUAUUCCAUUUUCUUGAUGAUUUGAACCUCUACCAUAGAUCAUUAUAUAUUGUGUUUUAUUGCAUGUAUGGUUGUGAUUCAGUUUCGUGAUAUUUAUGUGUUUGUGCUGUUUUCAAUGGCGGCCUUGAAGCCAUUAUGUAUUAUAUAUAGUUUGUCACAGGUUGGUAUUUGAAUGGUAUGAUUACAGGCCUUCAAGCUUGCUUCAAUCAGUUAUAUGGUAAUAAAAUUGGAUGUAAAUUAUAAAUGUUUAA